AUGACGGCAGCCUCGGAACGCAAACCUUCCCACGCAUCCAAUAUCGCCGACAAGCCUCGUCCUUACUCCUUCCGCGUCCCCAGCCGCACCUCCUCGCUCAAAUCCUUUUCCUCAGCCCUGGCAGGCGAGAAGGCCAAUUUCCAGUCGGUUCCGGCCUUGUCGCUGGCUACCAAACCUACUAUAUCCAUGCGCCAAAUUCUUAUGGACAAUGGUUCGAAACUGGAGUUCGUCAAUACGGUCCCCACAAUAAGCCUGUCUCCCGAUACCCCCUUGAGGCAUUCUUCGAGCGGAAACUCGGCCAUGAAUCGAAGGCCCGCUAGCUGCUCUGCAACGGUACAGAAUCCUAUGCGCGCUUCAAAGGUUCAGCGGUGGGCAGGCCAGACGCGAGCGACGAGUGAUUGGGAUGGCUUGCGACGAGACCCGGAAUUGUGGUUCGAGGAUGGCGACUGCCUCGUUCAUCUGUAUGCCCGUGGACAGUCGCGCCGUGGCCCCUCUUUCUGCGUCCCGUUUAAAGCUCUACGUCGAAGCAAGUGCGGUGCCAUGUUCAGCCUAUGUUUCGCCCAGGUAACAUCGACCCCCGGCUCCAACCCUCAAAAUCCAAGGCGGCUAUCCAGCGGCCUCAGCACCCUCAGCACCCCGGUCUCUGGCUUGAACAAAAUAGAGCUCUUCAUACCUGCCCCCGAACAUGCGUCUCGGGAAGCCUCGUUCCACUGGCAUAUAACCACACGGAAUUUCUUCGCAUUCGUGUUUAGAAGUCCUUUGGUGGGAACCCAUAUGGGACAAGCAUUGGUGGACCUACAAGAGAGGAUGCAUCUUUUCCGAUCAGGGCAGAUCAAUAACCACAAAGACUUCCUGGAUUACGCAGAUAGCCAAGGCUACCGAGACUUCGUGGAUUGUCCGGAUUAUGCGCUCUCCAUGCUCUACUAUGCCGAGCGCUACAAGCUUCGAGACGUUUGGAUCGAUGCGUUCGCCCAUUGCGUUGGUAUGAAUGAGAGCCUGGCUCUGAGUCAAGAAUUUGCGCCACUUUCACGCCUAACCAAAGCUUUGGUCACCCGGGCUUAUUUGGAAAUGGACAUUCAGCUAGGCCGCGUCUCGGCCGCUCUCCGAAACUUCCUCGAAGAUGACUUCUCUCCCGCAUAUCUUGGACUCACGGAUGGUGCACGAGCACAUCUAGAUCGAUUCCGGUCAUUCUUGCACAGCUUCUACGUGGAGAAGUUCGGCUACUGGCCCCCGCCCAAAGGAUCCGCGUUUUCGAAAGUACUAUACAAAUCCCUGUAUUUUGACUUCAAGACACUGUACGACUAUCUCGUGGACCGGGAGUCGACCGCCGACCUCUCGCUACAGAAGCCAGCAAGCGGCGGUAUCUGCGUCCUGCAGAACGUGGAUUCCUUCGACAAGAGGCACAAGUUCUCUCCUCUUCCACACCCUCUGCCACUGAUACCGUACGAUGUGCCGCUGAGAAAGAGAACAGAGUCGCAGAAGACUUUGAGGGCACUGACGCUUGGGUCCAAGCAGGCCAAAACAGACCGUUAUCUGACAGCGCGGGCUGCACUUACCUCAGCAACCAAUAGCAAGGAUACUUCGGUGACGACCUCUCUGGCUGUUCAAGCAUACAUGCGAUUCGAAAGACAGUGCGCCCUCAACCAGCCGGGCGAAAAGCUGUCCAUGGCGGAUGCCCGCAAAGUUAGGUGGCUCUUAAUCUACGGAACACUCCAGUACCUCAUCUCUGCGCUCCGAGCUCCGAAGGAAGUCCGGGACACGGAGGGACCCACGUAUCCGCUCUGCUGUCUCGUAACAGAGCAGUCGCCCUGGCAGCUAGGAACAAAAGCGUUAAACUCUCCUGUCACACACUCAAUUAACGUCACUGAGGCUAUCAACAACCACCUUUCGGAAUCCAACUGUGACGUUCCGGGCCAGCUCACUCCUGUGGCGCCGGCAGCUCCUACAAUUCAGCCUGACUGCCAAACAGACGACUACUUCGCUCACACCAGGCCCGAUGCUAGCAGUCGUCCGGUCUCUGUCGAAGCUCCUGCUCCACUGCGGAUUUCUCAGCCGACACGCAACUCAUCAGUCCGCUCAUUCAGACGCCUUUCUUUCGCUUCCCUAGGCUCGCGCAGAAAUAGUGUCGCGCUGAAAACGCCGGCACACUGCGAAAUUAUCGUUCACGGAUAUGGCAACGGUUUGAACAGUACAAUUAUUGGAUCUCCAUCUGCACCUGUUUCCCAAUUACCAUCCCGUCGCCAGUCCAUCAGUAUCAAACAUCCUGCAUGUUCGUCUGGAUCCACCCUGCCGGAAGGUGCUGGACCGGACACAUCCUGGUUGCGACCUUCCACGGCUGAUUCAUCCUCGCGUACCGAGCAGCCCCUUCAUCUUGAACUUAACUGCAACAUUGCAUUAGAACCAUCGCGCACUCCUACGAUCGAUUCUUUUGAUAUGGAUCAGAUCAUUAGCCCGGUCACUGCGGAUGAACCUCCGACCUUCCCAAGCUCAUCCGAUAGCACGACCUCGGCGGAAAGCCCUUUUUGGAGCGAUGGCGGAAGCUCCACCUCAUCUAAAUCGAGUACGCAUGAUGACGGGCACGAAGAGCGCCUGGAGAGAAAGACUAGUCCUGCGGAAGACAGUGGUCUACUUGGGGGACUCGUCCCUAUCGAUAGUACCGCGAUCACCGUCACUAGCCCCAAGAGGACGCCGAAAUCGUCGAGGCCUACAUCUCCUACCACAUCGAACAGACGCAGCGAGUUCCGCUUUAGCUUCGAUAAGCAGACUUCCCCAUUGCGCAAUCUGUUAGAGGCCUCUCCUGCAUCUGUAGGUGUCGACUCAGCCAUCGGCAUAGCCCUCAGCACGCCCCCCACUCCAUCCAAACAGGUAUCGAUCGCCUCUCUCUCUUUCAAUACACUUCCUCUUCACGAGAGACCGAGACCGCUCUCUAGAGCAUUCUCCACCGAGUCCAUUUCGAUUGCGAAAAACAUGGAUCCGCUGAGAAUGCAUCCGCCCCUUAUCGUCAAGAAAGAAGACGCCGUUGGCAUCUUCUCUGCCCUUUCGCUGAGCCCUGACGAACCUGCGGUCAGCAGUGAAGAGGCGAUUGUACGAACUGGGAGCGAGACUACUCGCUCGAUAUUGGAGGCUAUUCCGCCUCCAAUCGCGAAGGCUCGUAAGACUUCCAAAAAUGCCUCUCCGACCAAGGCGACUAAGCUUGGUGAUGAGGAGGAGAGAGGCAGAAAGAAGGAGAGGAGGAAGAGCUUUUGGAGGCGCUAA